CAUCAACGCAUCUUACCUCGACAACAGUUCGUUGUGUGAUCAUGCACAAAUGCAAAUCUCGAAAAGCCAUCAACCCGCAGAAGAAGAAGACGGAGCAAGAGAAUCUACGCGCCAUAUACGAACCACUCCCACAGACUGGCUACAUCAGAGUUCUCGUUUUGCAGCCCGGAGACGACAAGGACGACGUCGUUUGCCGUUUGGAAGUCCGUCUUAUGAAUCACCCAGGCGAUGCUCGAAGAUCUCGUACGGCUGGGGCAAUCCUGAGGAUGCCGUCAACAUACGAUGCGAUGAUCCGGUGGUACUCAUCACGAGAAACCUUGCAGACGCACUUGGACAUUUUCGAAGUCAGAGAGAAGCCGAGGCAAGACUUCACGCUUUCUUUAGCAUGCAACCAUUUUUCUUUGUUUUUUAUCACGGAUAACUGCCAUCAUUCCUACAUUCAAGCAUAUCGUCGUGUUAUGCUCGCGUUGCUUAACAAAAAAGAUGUUUUUUCCGAAGACAUUGUGACCGAACGGCAUCUUCGACAUGCAACUCGGGUCGCAGAUUUCCUCAACGAUGGUACCUUUCAUAAAUGUCUUUUUCUGACAAGAGUUGGACACGUCGGCCUUAUCAUCAUGGAAGCAUCAGUCACGUUCCUUUUGACCCCAGGCAACGGUGGUCGAUAUAGACUAGUUGAAGGGUGCUACAUCCAUGGUGUGCUACAUCCAUGGUGUGAUGGGUAGUGAGCUACUAGACAAGUUUGAGCCUAGCACUAUCAUGAUUGAGUAGAAUUGGACAGGAUAUAGCUCCUGGGGGGACUGAAGAUGCGACAACCCUUCGAGAACUAAAGGUGUGAGGAAACCUAGUAUCUCGAUAGCGACUUCGAUACAGGACUACCUUCGGAAGGGAACGAUUCGGCAGGCUAUGUGGCCUCCUUCAAAUUCAAACACAUUACAUGCAAGA